GCGGGUCCCGCGCGCUGUGUCCGGAUGGCGGAGCCCCCAGCCGAGUCCAAGCCGCUUCUGGGCCCGGCCCGUAGCGACAGCGGUGGCGGCGACUGCUCGCAGGCGCUGCCCACUUGCCGCAGCGUUCAAGUCGGUCCUGCUGACACGGCCAAGUGGGACCUGUGCAUUGACCAAGCCGUGGUCUUCAUUGAAGACGCCAUGCAGUACCGCUCCAUCUCCCACCGCAUGGAUUCCGGCUCCAUGAGGCUUUACCGCUGGUACUACUCGAACGCGUGCCAACGGGCCCUGAACCUCACCAUUUUCUUGAUCCUGGCCUUGGCUUUUAUCGAGACCCCUUCCUCGUUCACGAGAACUGCGGACGUGCGCUUCCGCUCCCUGCGCUGGGAGCCGCCCUGUGGCCUGACCGAGGCUGUGGAGGGGCUGUGCCUGCUGGUCUUCAUGGCUGACGUGACUGUGAAGUGCUACCUGGUCGGGCGGGCCCAGUUCCAGAAGAACGUGUGGCUGCUGGCCUACAUCACGGUGCUGGCCGUGUCUGUGGUCGACUGGACUGUGUCCCUGGGUCUCCUGUGUCAGGAGCCCCUGCGUGUCCGCCGGCUGCUGCGGCCCUUCUUCCUGCUGCAGAACUCCUCCAUGAUGAAGAAGACCUUGAAGUGCAUCAGGUGGUCGCUGCCGGAGAUGGCCAGCGUGGGGCUGCUGCUGCUGAUCCACCUGUGCCUCUUCACCGUGCUGGGGGUGCUGCUCUUCACCGUGGGCCAGGAGGAUGAACAGCAGAGGAAGGAGAGGCUGACCUACUUCCGGGACCUCCUGGAGGCCUUCACUUCUCUGUUGGUGCUGCUGACCACUGCCAACAACCCUGACGUGAUGAUGCCUGCGUAUUCCAAGAACCGGGCCUACGCCAUCUUCUUCAUCGUCUUCACCCUGAUAGGGAGCUUGUUCCUGAUGAAUCUGCUGACGGCCAUCAUCUACAACCAGUUCCGGGGCUACCUCAUGAAAUCUUUGCAGACCUCGCUGUUCCGGAGGCGGCUGGGGAUCCGUGCUGCCUACGAAGUCCUCUGCUCCACGACAGGAGUUGGGGUGAUGCCCCAGGACUUCCUGCAGGUGCUUCAGAAAGCGCAGCUGGGCAGUUCCCACAAGCAGGCCAUCAUGGAGAAGGUGCGCUCCUUUGACGAAACGCUGCUGUCAGCCGACGAGUUCCAGAAGGUCUUCAGAGAGGUUGACAGAGGUGUGAUCAUAGAGCACCCGCCGAGGCCCUGGUAUCCAUCCCCGUUUCUGCAGAGUGCCCAGUUCCUUGUCGGCCACCACUACUUCGACUACCUGGGGAACUUGAUCGCCCUGGGAAAUCUUGUGUCCAUUUGCGUGUUCCUGGUGCUGGAUGAAGACGUGGAGCCCAGGGACCGGGAUGACUUUGUCCUGGAGAUCCUCAACUGCGCCUUCGUCCUGUACUACCUGCUGGAGUUGCUGCUCAAGGUCUUCGCGCUGGGCCUGCGGGGCUACCUGUCCUACCCCAGCAACCUGUUCGACGGCUUCCUCACCUCAGCCCUGCUGGUUUUGGAGGUCGCCACGCUGGCUGUGUACCAGUUCCCACACCGAGGCUGGAAGCCAGAGGCGCGGGGCCUGCUGUCGAUGUGGGACAUGACGCGGCUGGUGAACAUGCUCAUCGUACUCCGGUUCCUGCGCAUCAUCCCCAGCAUGAAGCUGGUGGCCGUGGCGGCCAGCACCAUCCUGGUCCUCAUUCGGAACUUGCGGGCAUUUGGUGGCAUCCUGGUGGUGGUGUACUACGUGUUUGCCAUCUUAGGGAUCAACUUGUUCCGAGGCGCCAUUGUGGCCCCUGGAAAUAGCAGGGUCUUGUCCCCCAGCCUGGCCCUCACCAAUGGCUCAGUGCACUGUGGCAGCUUCGAGCAGCUGGAGUACUGGGCCAACAACUUCGAUGACUUUGCAGCCGCCCUGAUCACCCUGUGGAACGUGAUGGUGGUGAACAACUGGCAGGUGUUCCUGGAUGCGUACCGGCGCUACGCAGGCCGGUUGUCACAGAUCUAUUUUGUGUCGUGGUGGCUGGUGUCCUCUGUCAUCUGGGUCAACCUCUUUCUGGCUCUGCUUUUGGAGAACUUCCUUCACAGGUGGGACCCCCGCAGUCAUGAGCAGCCCCUCUCUGGGACCCACGUGUCUGCAGAGCUCAUGUUCAGGGAAAUCCUGGAGGAGCCCAAGGAGGAGGAGCUGAUGGAAAGGCUGCGCCACCACCCACACGUGCAGCUCUGCAGGUGACGUCCAGGUGGCCCGCGGCCAGUGGCAGGAGAGCGUCUGGCCGGGGAAGAGAUGGCAGCGCGACUGAGCAGGAAGAGUCCAGGCUCCUGAGGGACCACUUAGCGGGGACGGCGCAGGGGCACCAGGCCUCCGGUCCCUCGCGAGCUGCCCAUCAGCUGCUGCAGUGCCCGGUCUCUAGCGUGGGCGGCGCCUGCGCCCUGCCACCGGCUCCUGAGCUGCCCCGGGAGACUUGCUUUUCUAAUAACGGGUGACUCCGGCGCCUUGAGUCUGGAGGCGAGGAGCAGCGGCCUCCCCUGCAACGUGCCGCCUGCAGGUGACUUCGCUGUGGAGGCCGUCAGGGAGCAGAGCUGCGGGCCUGAGCAGGUCCCCUGGCUGACCUCGGGCCUUGACGGGUGCUGGUGGCUUUCACACACAGGGACUGUCGAGUGUGUUAUUAUUAUUAUUGUUCCAGUGCGACUGGCUGAUUGGGCUUUUCUGUGGAUCAGAAUGCCAGUGAUUUCCAUUGAUAAUUCUUGCAAAGGGUGAGGUGGUGGUCCUUCCUUUCAC